AUGGUUUCUCGCAAGAGCUCAAGUUCUGCGUCAAAGUCACCGUCGCCACACCGACGUCGCGUCGAUGCGUCCUUGUCGACGGCACAGAACCCAACCUCGGGUGCCUGCACCCCUUCGAACCUCACGCAUGAAAAGAAAGUACAGCUCGCCCGCAAGCAGGCAAAUUGCGAUCACGCCACGCCGUACAACAACGAUUCAACACUGCCACUCUACGUGAUCGAGGAUGUGCCCAUGUACCUACGUGACAACCGCUACAUCCUGCGCGGGUAUCGCGCCUACUACACAUGGAAGCAGUGCUUCACGAGCCUACUCCGGAUGCACAACGAGACGAUCAACAUUUGGACGCACCUGCUUGGCGUCUUCUUCUUCUUGGGGCUGAUGGUCCAGUUGUUUACACGGCACAUCAUCCCAGAUUACCUUGCCGGCAACGUGCUUUACCACGAGAACCGCACGGCACGGCCGGUCCCUGUCAAGAACGUGCGCACGGCGUGGCCAUUUAUCAUCUUCGGCACUUUCUCAUUGGCGUGUGUCAUGUGCAUGCUGUGCAGCGCGUGCUUUCACACAUUUCUGUGCCACAUGAACGAGGAUUUCUACCAUCGCAUGCACGCACUUGACUACUACGGCAUCACCUUUCUCGUUGUCGGCUCGUUUCUGCCCUUCUGCUUCUACACCAUGAGCUGUGCUCCGGAGUGGCGCAACGCGUACCUGUCGAUGAUUGGCUCCUUCGGGGUGGUGGGCUUCAUUGGGCCCUUCUUCCGCCACUGGACCUCUGAGGCGUUUGCGACGAAGAAGAUAAUCUUCUACGUCUGCAUGGUCGGGUCGGGGAUUAUCCCCACGAUUCACUUGUCGCAGAUGAUUCCGCUACACAUCAGCGGCCCAUAUGUGAAGGGAUUGCUGACGAUGUUGGCUCUCUACGGCGUAGGCGUCUUCGUCUACGCCUUCCGCAUUCCAGAAGCACUGUCACCUGGCACCUUUGACUUCUACUUCUCUAGUCAUCAGAUAUGGCACCUUUGCGUGUUGGGGGCGGCCACAACGCACUUCUACAACUGCGUCGCCAUGUACCUCAGUCGUGAAACGCUCGUGUGCGUGUAG